AAGGUCACAAGAGUAGUUGAAGAAGAGAGGAGAAAAAAUGGGGAUAGGAGGAGGAGGAGCAGAGCACUCGAGGCGAGAAAUGAUGGCGGUGGCUAAUCUAUUCAGGGAACAACAGAACCCAAUACAGCAGUUUCAAGUGAAAUUCAAGGAAUUGGAGAGCGGGUUCAAGUCGUGGCUUUCGAAGCAAUCUUUGCCCGUCGAAGCUGCCAUCGUCUCCGCCAUGAGCGGCGUUCAGGGAGCUUUCAUCGGCGGUCUCAUGGGAACUCUCUCCCCCGAAAUGCCUCAGUCGGGACUAGACCCUCAGGCCACGGCCUCCUUCAAGCAAGCUCAGGCUCUUGUUGGUGGGCCAUUGGUCCAAGCUCGGAACUUUGCAGCGAUAACAGGUGUAAAUGCAGGAAUAGCGUGCAUUAUGAAACGCCUCAGAGGCAAGGAGGAUCUUGAGUCUGCUGUGGUUGCGGCAUUAGGAUCUGGAGUUGCUUAUUCUUUGGUAAGCUCAGGUUUGCAAGGACAGCCUGCAAACGCCAUCAGCACCGCUGCUGGUUUUGCCCUUUUCCAAGGAUUGUUUUUUAAGUUGGGAGAAAGGUUUUCUAAACCGACCGCUGAGGACCCGUAUUACACCCGGGCAAGAUCCAUGUUAUUGAAAUUGGGCCUUGAGAAAUACGAGAAGAACUUCAAGAAAGGCUUGUUGACCGACUCCACUUUGCCAUUGCUCACUGAUAGCGCGUUAAGAGACGUGAAUAUCCCGUCCGGGCCAAGGCUUCUGAUCCUGGAUCAUGUCCAGAGGGACCCCGAGUUGAAAAGCAGAAAGGGAAGCCGAAGUUGAGCCAAUUUGUAAUUUUUGAUCGCAGUUUAAGGAGGAUGUCUCCUUUGGGAAUAUGCUCGACUUCAAGAUUCUUGGCAUAACUGUUCCUGAUAUUUUGGGUGAAUUCCUUAGGUUCAAGAAGCGAUUAUUACACCUUUAAUAAACAAAUUUUGUCUUUUUAAUGAGUUUUUAUACAAUAUUAUUAUUAUUUU